CUGUGCCACAAAACCUCAACAAUCUCACACAUGUCAAUGAACUCCACAUAUCAAACAAUAAUUUGGAUGGUCUUUUGCCGAAUCUCACUGGCAUGAAUGUACUCAAUUACUUGGACAUGAGCAAUAAUUCAUUUAAUGCAUCAGAUUUUCCAUCAUGGAUACCAGACCUGCAAUCUUUGACAACAGUGGCAAUGGAAAACACAGGACUCCAAGGAUUAGUUCCAGCUAAAUUAUUCAGCCUUUUCCAGUUGCAGACUGUCAAUAUGAGGAAAAACAGACUUAAUGGCACACUUGAAAUUGACUCCGCGUAUAGCAACCAGUUACAACUCAUUGAUAUGCAGAGCAAUCUUAUUGAUUCAUUUACUCAAAGACCAGGAUAUCCCUUUCAGAUCUUACUUGCUGGUAAUCCUGUCUGCAAUGAAGGAACAACACAAACUUACUGUGUCCAAGCUCAACAAGCUGAUUCAUAUUCUACUCCACCAGAAAAUUGCUUGCCAACUGAGUGCAGCUCCGAUCAAAUUUCUAGUCCUACCUGUAAAUGUGCUUUUCCAUAUACAGGCAACCUAGUCUUCAGAGCUCCUUCCUUUUCCAACUUAGGAAACAAAACUACUUAUGAGACUCUCCAAAAAUCUUUGAUGCUUUCAUUCCAAAACCUUCAACUGCCUGUUGACUCAGUUUCCCUCAGUAACCCUACAAAAAAUUUAGAUGACUACCUUGUAAUACACCUGCAAGUUUUUCCUUCUAGCCAAGAUUUUUUCAAUCGAACUGGAGUUUCUGGAAUAGGUUUUGUGCUUAGUAAUCAGACUUUCAAGCCCCCGUCGACAUUUGGACCUUUCUUCUUCAUUGGUGAAGGCUAUAAAUACUUCGAUGGUGCAUCCAGUGGAUCACAUUAUCAUUCAAGCUCUGCAGCACUAUCAUCAGGUGCUGCUCAUGAUCUUCCCGACUCCGGGAAUAGACCAGAAUUAGUAGCACUAAGCGUAUCGGGCGCCUGGGCUCCAGCUGGAACCGCUGGCGGCUCCUCUGUAGCAACUCGCACAGGUGAUCUGGCUGCACCGUCCAUGCCAAAGAUAAAACAUUUUCGGAAUCCACUAAAGUCAGCUUGUGAACCACAUGAUGCUCAUGGACAUUCUUCAUCAUCAGCAACUCCACUCCAAUCACAUGCUAUAGAGCCUUCAACAACAGUACAAGCCCUCCCACAUGCUCACGAAGUCCCGCAACAAGAACAAGCUCCAAUUUUGCCUUCUAAUUCAAGUGCAGCAUCUCGCCGUGCAGGACACUCGAAAAAUGCUACCAAGCAAAUUAGAGUCAAGGUCAAUGAAGUUAACAACCUAACUGUUGGGGAGCGCAUCAUUAUGAAUUUUGAUGACUACAAUGUAGCAUAUGCUGAAGCGCAAGGAUUACUGGAUGGAUAUCAUGGAUCGCAGGCAAUUAAUUGUAAUUUGUUUCCGAUUAGUUUUGAGAAGUGA